ACGACGACAACGACGACGACGACGACAACGACGACGACGACGACGACGACGUCGACGUCGAAGAGAAGGAGGAAGAGGAGAAGGUGGAGGAGGAGGCAGUGGCGGAGGCAACGUGACACGGUGGUGGUGCUGCCGCUGGUAAAGCUACUACCAGUAGAGGGGGACUCUCGAAGGGUGUUGGAGAAGAGGAGGAGGACCCUCGAAAGUGUCUCGUCUCUCUCCUAUCGUCCCAUCGUCCAGGGUAUCGCUUACGAAUGUCGCGCGAUCGAGCGUUCCGCCGGCGAUCUACGAGGAGCAGGACGAACGCUUAUCGUCGUCGCGUUUGCUCGCGGAAAGGGAUUCGCUGAUCCUACAAGAAUUUUUCGCGUCGGACCUAUAAAAAAUAAAGGACUAAUACGAGAAAGGAAGGCUAUACGCGCGUGACAUGCUCGAAGGAGAAGUCGUUGUGUCCGGUGCUCUGGUAGUAAUACUACCUUGGACCUGAGAUAAGUGAUAGAGAAUAAGGGACGAAUCGUUCGUCCUCUCCUUCUUUCUCUUUCUCUCUCUCCCUCUCUCUUUCUCUCUUUCUCUUUCUCUUUCUCUUUCUCUUUCUCUUUCUCUUUCUUCCUUCGACGACAGACCAACAACGGAAAUAUAACGCCGUCAAUAAAGUAUUAGCGCGAAGAGUGUCCACGAGGAUGUCCGGCGAAACGGAGAUCGAAGUGUCGGUCGUGUCCGAGGAAGAUCUCGAGCUUGAAGGGUCACGAAGUAGUUCGACCCCGGCGGACUUGUUAAUUCAAGAGAAGAAUGGAAAAGGAAGCUGUGGACUAGCGCUUGGCAAUCAUCAUCGUCCGUUCAGCUUCGACGUUGGCAAGCCCGCCCUUCGGCCGGCUUGCAAUCCUCAAUACACGUCGUUCAGUAUUCAAAGUAUUCUCGGUAGGUCCGUCUCGCCACGGAGCGACUCGACCUCGAACGUCUCCUCCGCGGAAAGACGUUCGACCGACGUCGAGGUUGCCUCCUCGCCCGUCUCGCCGCCCAGUUCGAGGACGAACAAUCAAAGAAUCCCUCCGUCUUGUGCGAGCCCACCGAGAAUAAGCUCGCCCACGUCUCUUAGGCCAGCCGUCGGUCAUCAACGUGCAUCCGCCAGCAGUCAAAUCAUCGAAAACACGAGAAACGAUGCCGCCAGCAUUGGCGUUGGCUGUACAAGUCCACCUAGUCCUAAUGUCGCGGCAACUUUUUCGCCAACCACCAACGAUGCCGCGACGAAUCCCCUCUUGGGUCAUCAAGCGGCCGAUCUUGCCCAUGCCGUUGUCGAACAUGGACAUAUGCUUCAAAGAUUGGGCCUGAUGUCGACAUUGAUAAGCGCCCGAUAUCCCGUCGGUGUCUUCUUCCCGCCAACGUUGCAACAUCUUCAUCAGCAUCAGCAACAACAGCAGCAUCAGCAACAACAGCAACAACAACAGCAACAUCACUCGCGUCUAGCGACGGUCUCCUCGGCGCUGAGCAACGCCGUUCAAGUUGGUGGACAAGCGGCUGACAUCAGUGACGUCACAGCCGAGGCCAGCAUCAGAGGAGUUCUUCCUGGUGGACCGGCAGCUUGGCCAUUUCCAUGGAGGCCUGCUCAUGGAUUGCAAACGCUCGAACAUCCGUCGCCAGGCGACGUUGUUGGUGCUCUCAGCCGUGUCAGCCCUGCAUCCGCCUCCUUCCCGCAAAAGGACGAGCUGGAGGACGAGAACGGCGAGGACCGGCUGCACAGGACGAGGAGUUCAUCGAGCGGCGACGAGGCUCACGACGAGCUAGCCGACGGGGACGAUUGCCAAGAUGGCGACGGCGACGGCGACUCGACGAACGCAGGAUUACACGGUGGCGUGGGCGGUGGGUCGGCCGGUGGUGGAGGGGUCGGUGGAGGCGGAGGAGGAGGAGGAGGCGGUGGCGGCGGAAGUGGCGGCGGCGGGGGUACCGGUGGUCAGAGCAACGGAGUACAAGUUGGCCUAGACUCGCGGGAUUCCGGUAGCAUAAAGCGCAAGAAGAAGACGCGCACGGUGUUCUCGCGAUCGCAGGUCUUUCAAUUGGAAUCGACGUUCGACAUGAAACGCUAUCUGUCGUCGUCGGAACGGGCAGGUCUCGCUGCAUCCUUGAGAUUGACGGAGACUCAGGUGAAGAUCUGGUUCCAGAAUCGUCGCAACAAGUGGAAAAGACAAUUGGCCGCCGAAUUGGAGGCCGCAAAUAUGGCCCACGCUGCUCAGAGACUCGUCAGGGUGCCGAUACUCUAUCACGAAGCUUCCGCGGGUAGCGCUAGUUCGGCCGGAGUAUCCGUCUCGGUAACGGCACCGCCUCAACCACCAACGGCACCGUCCUCGGCCGUCUCCUCGGUGCUCUCGCAUUCCGUCGGCGUUGGCGUUGGCGUCGGGGUUGGCACUUCCUGUGCCCCGGUAGUCGGCCAAACUGCCCAACCGAUCUUCUAUUCUCAUCACCAUCAACACCAUCAUCAUCAUCCAGCUCACGUGCAGCCUCACGCCCUUUUACCCCAUCAAGUGCAUCCCCAACCACCCCCACCACCACCACCACCACCCAACGGGCAACCGACCCAAUCCUCCUCGCAAUAACACCGUCCGCUCUUCUGCCCGAUUACGAUCGUCUUCGACCGGCAGCAGCCUGCAGGAAUCAGCUUGAGAAACGACGACCACGACGAUCGCCUGAGGAAGGAGGAUCAAGAGGAAGAAGUGGAAAUAAGGGACGUGGACGAAGAGGAAGAGGACGUUCUCUCGGUGUCCAUCGACGAUGCUCGUCCUUCCGACGACCUCGACGUCGGAUGAGCGUGAUCAUUAUGUCAUAAAAGAAUGUACUGUCUCCCCUCUCUCUUUCUCUCUCACUCACUUUUUCUCUCUUUGUUCUCUCUCUCUCUCCCCUCU